AAGUCUCUAUUUGCUCACAAACAAACCCAUUCCUAAAACCCCUCAUUAUGGAGGAACGCAGCGAAGCCAGACAACAUCUCUUGAACCACGAUGAAACCCAGGCCUUCCAAAGAGCCCCUUCACACCACCGCAAACCCCGCCGAAGAAUAAUCCUCAAGAACGGAAAAUGCAACAUCCACCGCCCGGCAUCCAAACGCCAACGAUUCGCGUUCUUGAGGUUCACCAAGCUCGUGGACGCCUCAUGGACUUUUACCAUCGUGGUGUUUUUGGCGACGUUGCUCCUGUCAUGGUUGCUUUUUGCGGUGAUUUGGUGGUUGAUUUGCUAUACCCAUGGCGAUUUUGAACCAGACCAUCUACCACUAGUGCAAAAGGCAAACAAAUUUACGCCUUGUGUGUACCACAUCCAUAAUUUCGGAUCGUGUCUUCUGUUUAGUAUUGAAACGCAGCAUACUGUGGGGUAUGGGAUUAAAGCCACUACUGACGAGUGUCCGGAAGCCAUUUUUGUCAACGCGUUGCAGUGUAUUAUAGGCUUUAUCAUGCAAGGUAUUAUGGCUGUUAUCAUUUUUUCCAAAAUGACACUUCCUAGAUUGCGUUCGCAAACUCUUCUAUUUUCCAAGAAUGCAGUGGUUUGUCCUAGAAACAACAAACUGUGUUGGAUGUUCAGGAUGGGCGAUAUGCGUAAGAACCACAUCAUAGAUGCUAGAAUUAGAGCUUUCUAUGUUCGGUCAGAACGUACCAUAGAAGGACAAGUUCUAGAUCACCACCAAGUUGAAAUACCAGUGACUGUAGAUGGUUGCAAAAGUGGGAUUUUCUUCAACUGGCCGUUGGUAGUGUUCCACAAAAUUGAUAAAAAGUCGCCUUUGUAUUACCUAGCACCUAAAGACUUAACCCAAGACCGUUUCGAAAUUGUGGUACUGUUAGAAGGUACCACUCAGAGCACUGGGCAGAUGACACAAGCCAGGACGAGUUAUAUGCCAACUGAGAUUUUUUGGGGGAAGAAGUUUCAAGGGCUGUUAAAUUUUAACUACGACAGAAGGGAGUUCGAAGCGGACUUUUCCAAGUUUGAUGAACUUCUGCCAAUUAGUACUCCGCUGUGUUCUGCUGCUUACAUAGAUGAGUAUAAUCAUAUGCAACCCAAGUCACUUUGUAGUUCUAGAUCUUCAAGUCUUCAUCUAGAUUUUACCCCGAGGCACAGCCUAGGCGAAAUCGCCGUGGGGAAACUGAAUCACAACGUUAUCAAUGUUGGUAGUUCCAGUGGCAAUGAGAGUGACAGUGAUCACGAGAGGAACAGGACGUGGCUAAAUCUCCAAUUAUGACAGUAUUUAAUGAAGAGCUUUAUCUUGAUUGUACUUCUAGAUUUAAUAAUAAAGUAUAUUUGUUUUCUAAUAA